GCAAGUGGAUCGGUACCUUCACCGCGUCUCUUGGUCAGCUGUGGUAACGGCCUCUCUGGCCUGCCUCGUCACCAAGGCCCGGUGACCUCCACCUCCCCGAGAGUGCAGUGAAGGCUUUAUUAGUGGCCAGUGAGGGGGAAUAACAAAAAAUAUCUCCACAUAUUUUUGCUGUCUUUUGCCGGAAGUACUUACCACACGGAUUCACCUGCCUGCCCGUCUUUCUCGCCUGCUCUCAGAGGUUUCUGCACAGCUUGAGGUGGUAGCGUGCGUUAUUUCUCUCUACAGCUCUAACCAGAACCCUGGUACCCGACUGCCUUUGUUAUUUCUCAUAUUAUGAAGACUUAGGAAUUUUCACUUUCGUGUUCAGAAAGGUUCAUAAAGAUCUUCUAAACUUCAGUAUUUUCUAGGCUUUCUUUAGGUUGGGGCCUUCACAGCUUGAUCAUGGUAACACAAGUUCUGAGUACUUCAGCUGAGAGGCAAGCUGGGCUUCAGCAGGUGCUCAGCUGGUCAAGUUAAAAUUUAUUUUUCUCCAUCUUGUAUUUUAUUUUAACUGAGCUAGGACUUGCUAAAAUAUACCUGUGUCUAGCCUGCCACGUUGUGUGACAAGUCAGCAGCGCGAUUCAGCUUCAUCCCUGUAAUUCUUAGAUGAAAUAGCCUUAUCCAUUUGCUUUUCUCAGCAUACUAAGAUGAAAACUUAGUUUGAGAUUCUGGAAGUGUGAAACUAAUCACAAAAUAUUUCUGUUUUGUAGUGUACACUUCUCUCUGACAACGUGAAUCCCAGGCUUAAGGGUUCCUUUAACCCCCAGGGACUUUUUUGUACACCUGCCAAGAUAGAAAUAACAGAACUGAAUGCCAUGUAAAUUUUGCUACCCUGGUGCAAGGUCAUCUCUGUAGGGAAAUCUAUUUUGGUUUGAAAUAGGACACUCUUCACAUGUUAGUGUCCAUAGUUAGAACUGUUGAGAAGUAAUGCAAGGUCUGAAUUUGGCUAAUUCUGUUAUUUAAGUUCCUGUUUCCAUUUAGUUCUGUCACAAACUGGAAAUUUUGCAACUGAUACAGGGGCAGCUGUCUCAGAAGUGGGAGUUCAUCUUUAGCUUUUGUGUAGAGAUGAUUCCAGACAUAACUUGGUGAAACUUGAAACUGAAAUUCUGUCUGCUUGUGAUCAUGCAGGCUUCUAGAGCACAGACCACAUGUCCAGUCUUGGUGUCUGUUUUUUUGAUUGAAGCUAUGUAGUAUUCCAUGAAUGGAAGUAGAGAUUUGGCUGCGGCUCUGUCCUGUUCGGGUGUGCGUACGCUUAGGUGGCGAGUGGAUUAAACGUGCGGAGAUACACAUCCGUCUAAGGUUCAAACGAUCCAUAUUAUAGCAGUAGUAGCUACCUCACUUUUGAAAUGAUGCAAGGAUACCUGAGCAUGUGAAUGAAGGUUUUAGCAGUGUGUCUGCUUUGGUUUUAUAAGAUUAUUUCCUACAGGGUGCAGGAGGUUAGUGAGGUAGUUGAUAAUUCUUUUCCAGUUUUCCCUCAGCUCAUGCUUUUCUGCCUGUCAGAAAAGCAAGUUAGUGUCAAAGCGUGGGGCUUGUAGUUGAGGAAGAAACAAUACUACAAUUAUCUUUUUAACUCCUUUGCUAUUUAACUUCAGAGCUUGACCUGUUUUGUUGGCAGCAUGAUGUUUCUUUAGCAAAUACAUCAUCAGGCCUGAUUCACCACCAGCUUGUGAACUUGUCUAAUUUGUUAAAAUGGAAUGCCAGGAAGGAAAAAUACUCCACAAAAUGACACAUUCGCUUCUAAAAGUGUUAUCUCUGUUGUAUAUGUCACAGCCAAAACAUAGCAGUGUGUGUGGUCAGAUCACCCUAAUGGAAUACUUGAAAUGGACAGUGAAGCCAGCAGAAAAGUAUGUGCAGGAUAAACUAAUAAAAGCAGAGAUGAGCUAGCUAGAAAAUGGGUGAGAGACAAUCCAGGAAUGUGAGAGAGCAAAAAAAAAAAAAAAAAAAAAAAAAUGUGAGUGGGCUGUGUUAGGGGGGUUCCAAAAGCCAGGCAGAUGGGGAGACCUGUAACUGUGGGCAUGGACUGCAGAACAGCCAUCCUCAGGGUGAUGGGCUGGAAUAGACCUCAUGAUAUCUCAGGACCACAUGAGGCUUGGGCAGCCGAGGCAGCUAUCUGGAGCUUCCUGCUUCCGACAGUCAGCAGCACGCUUUAUGCUAGCAGGGAAACAAGGGCCCUGUGUUAGAAAAUCGUCUCAGGAAUAGAGCCAGUGUUCGUGUUGGAAGUAAAUACUUUGCAGGUAGGUGGACCCGGCUCUGAACAAAAGUGAGUAUUGUGUGGUGAUGGAUCAAACCUAGAUUCUGUGGCUAGAUUACAUUUGUGUGGCUUUCUGACAAAAUGUCACUGCAUACUGUCUGCAUCAGCUCCUGGGCUGUUCCUCCCCUUGUCCAUACCUUGUUGUUUGCCCUGUAGGCUGACAAAGUCUCUGGAGUCAGAGAUGGCAGAAUUAGACAGAAGCCACUUCCUCUGUUUUGUAUAAAGGGCAUGAAUCUGUUGGCCUAGAAUUUCCUGCUGCAAAGAGUUUUGGAAACCUUGUUAGCUGAUCUGUGCAGAGUCUCGGCUUGCUGCAAGGCAUGUCUGAUGCACAUCUCUGCUACCCAGCCUCCAUGCACUGUGGCUAGCAGAGCGAUCUGUGUCUGCCUUGAAAUGAGGGUCCUUGCUUCAUUGCUGAUGGACCAGGAUAGUUUUGCCAGUGUUUUCUCUAGGAAAGUCUAUUCCUACCUUUCAUCCCCGAAUGGGGAUCUUCCUGUGCUCUCAGGUCACCACAAGGAAGAUCAAACACUGGCUUAAGUGCAACAAUUUGCAACUGUGUGUAAGGUUUGCUGCUGAUGCAAACAGAGUUCCCUGCUGUUGUUGCAGAGCAUGAGAGUAUGUACACAUCUGCUUGCCUCUCAGGUUACAGAUCCAUCUUCCACUAAUGUUGGCCAGGUACUGAGGGCUUCACAGAUGUAGCUUGUUUGGGCAGCAUUGCUGGCAGCGGGGGUGUACCAAGUCAGCUCAAGUAUCUCUAUUCCAUAUACCUGCAAAGAUGCCUGAUCUGCUGUUGCCAGCCAUGCUGAGCCAGGCCUGGAUUGGUGCCACACAGAGCGAGGAGAGGGGGGACAAAGCAUGUAAGGCAGGUAUUUUGGGAGAGGUGAAGAGAAGGAGGUGACAGAGGUGGUUCCUAGAAGAGCCUUGUGAAGGCAGUGCCUAUGGCUCCCCUAAUCUGCAUGCUGUGUGCAGGAGGAGGCCUUUGGUUGCAAGUUCAGCAGAAGGAUGGUUCCCCAGUGCUGUUGGGCUGAGCCAGCUCCGACCGCAAGCAUAGCACAAGGAGAGAUCCCCCUGCUGCAGGCAGGGAUUGAAAUCCCUGUAGCCCUCCUCGCUGCCUGCUCUCCCCUGGCUGGUGCCAUGAGGAGAGAAGGCAGAUAAACACGGCUAGUUAGAGAAGCCGUUUAGAAUAAAGUCAGCCACAUGUCCACUGCGAAUCAAAAGCCCAUUCUCUGCUUGUCCCGAGGGCAUCCCCGCCUGCUCUGCCAAGCACUGCUCCUCUGCUCCCUGCAGCAGGAUGCACGUAACAGCAGUAAUUUUCUUUGGUGGAGGCACGUCCUUUCCCCGCUUGCUUUGUCCUAGUGGCCCCACAGUGUCUGUGAGCUUCUUCCUGCCCUGGGGCUUGCGUCCGGCUUCCCUUCCUGCCUUGGGGGGCUGUGAAUGGAGGUGAUGGGGCAGCUGAGGACCGCUCCACGGAGCAUGUUUCCAAAUAACCAGGCAGAUAGGUCAGAUUAGCAUUGCUUAAAGAGAGCUUCAUUAAAAUAACAGGCUUUCUAAUAGGAAUGCUUAUUCCUGUUAUUUCACUUUUUUUUUUAAUUUUAAGCUGAAAGACAUGAUAGAAAAGAAACUAAGCUUUGCAGAUGCUUCUGAGGGAGAAGUGAAGUGUAACUCAUCACAUGUAUGAUUGCCCAGCCAGAAACUCCUCCCUAACCUGCAUAGAGUUUACAAAAUCAAUCAUCCGUGUGUACAAACUGGUUUCUACUGCUUCAUGUCUGUUCCAGAUGGAUCCUCGGUACCAUAAACAAAAGGAGAAGUUACCCUUAGCAGGCGACCACUCAGAUCCAUGUACAGGUUUCCACAGCUCGCUUGCACAGCUCUUAGCGCGGAGGAGCCCCGGCCUGCGCCCCAGUCCUUGCUGCAGGAGAAACGCGCGGGCCCCACUGGCUCUGGGGUGCGCAGCGAUGCACGGAGAUCUAGUUGCUCUUUUUCCCAACAGAGGCCCUGUUCCCACGUCCCUGCCGGCUCCUGGGCCCGGCUGCAGUCUGGGGGCCGGGCAGGGGCAGCGUGCCCGGAGCUGGGCGGCAGGAGCAGCCGCGAGGAGCCCAGCCGCUGCCCGCCGCCCACUCGCUGCUCUCGGGUGCCGCGAGGGACCCUCUGGACCCGCCACAUCUGCAGCUUCGAUCUUCUGCCAUCUCGAGGCGGAAAGCCCUGUUCGUUAGUGCUCAGCCGCUGCUGUUACCGCCGUGAAAAGGCUUUGUGUGAGCCGAGACAGAGCGAGGAUUGAUGGAGCUUCCGCUCCCCUCCCCCUGCCGCGCGCGAGUCAGGCCCCCGCAAACAGCGUUGUGCCGCUCGGCUCGUCCGCAGAGGUGCCCCUCUUCCCCCCGCCCCGGGCAGAGGCCUGCCGGGACGAGGGACGCACCUCCAGGACCCUGUCCCCAGGGCGCCGCUAGCAGCACCCCCUCCCUCCGCGGCCGUGCUCGGGCCUGGGGGCGGCCUGCUGCCCGUUGCUCCCCGUCGGCCGGCCCCAGCUCGCCCCAGGCUCUCGGCUUGUCCCCCAAAGCCGCCUCAGGAACCUCCUCUAGCGAGUCUGCCUCCCGCGUUAGCCUUGUUCCUAUGAGCAGUGUUGUAAAAGAGGAGGGGCAGAGAACAUUUCCUUCCCAUCUGUCUUGGUUGGUCCAGGGUUUUGGAAAGGGGCAAGGGCUCUCUGGUCACCACCUGAGAUGAAACGAUAGUGCUGAUCCAGCACAUAGCAGCGUUGUUCUCCUGUGUGCUCCCUCGGGGCCGUGCUGCUGCUCUGGGAACAUGCUCCGCUGCCUCUGGCACCCCGUGGAGCCGCGCAGAGGGAGAGGGUGCCUCGUUGGACGACAUGUUUGCUGGUGGUAGGGGGUGUUUGGAGGAAAGAUCUGCUUUCCCUCAGUACAGCAGCAAUAUUGCUAAAAUCUACUAUGGGUUUUUCUUCAGUGCAUUAGGGAAGAGCAUUAGUUAGUUACCUGUGGUACAGUUCCAAAUGACCUCGCGGAAGCCAGUAUCAGCAUUCAUUAUCUCGCAGCUCCUCCCAGUGUGUAAUAACAAGUCAUCAAGUUAUUGCGAGUGACUUGGAAAAGUUUCAAAAAGCAUGUGUUCAUAUGAAGAACAGAUUGUAAGUUCUUUAUUAAAUUCCCAUUAUGUUUGUUCGGUCCUGUGUAUUUUCGUCCCUCCUCUCUGGAUUAUUUGCAAGAUAUUUUGAGGAGCUUGUGGGCUGCAGUGCGGGAACGCUGCAUGGUUUGGUUUGUCUGAAUUGUGCUUAGCUGCAUGUGGGAGUAGUGUCCUCUGUGCAAGGUCUGCAGUGGGGUCUGAGGAUUUCCUUGUUCUUCCCUGAUGCUGAGGAUGACGACACUGCUGUGAUGGAGGGGGGUGAUGAGCAAGUAAAGUUCAGGAUGCACUUGUGGUUGUGCUUUGGAAAUUAAACUACACAGAGGACAAAGUGAGUCCACUUCAGUUGGCUCUAGGCUUUCUGGAUGCUAGUCUAGGUGAGGAAGCAGAACUCGUUCCUGGAUUUGGUUCAUUGGCAAUUGUGUUUUCAUCAGUUCUGAUCACUGGCUUCUGUUAUUUUGAAUGCUUCAGAUAGUCUGGUUGUUUGUAUGGUAUUAUUAUUUACUUAGGGCCCAGACUUGCUCUUUUUUGUUGCCUGCAGCACGAUGUUUGUUCAGACUGGGCUUUGUGAAGUGUAAACCCAGGUCCACUGGCACCAGCACUCACCUCUGCCUUUUCUAGAAGCAGAUCAGUCCAUAAUGCCUGAAGUGCGAGACCUUUCAGAUGCUUUGCCUGACUUGCCGAUGGAUCCAAUCACAGGUGUUGGCGUCGUUGCAUCCCGGAACCGAGCACCAACAGGUUACGAUGUAGUUGCACAAACAGCAGAUGGCUUGGAUGCUGACCUCUGGAAAGAUGGCUUAUUUAAAUCCAAGGUCACACGAUACCUGUGCUUCACGAGAUCAUUUUCAAAAGAAAAUAGUCAUUUAGGCAACGUCUUGGUUGAUAUGAAGCUCAUUGAUAUCAAGGACACGUUACCUGUGGGCUUCAUCCCCAUCCAGGAGACUGUUGAUACACAAGAGGUAGCUUUCAGAAAGAAGAGACUGUGCAUUAAAUUCAUCCCUCGAGAUUCUACAGAAGCAGCAAUCUGUGAUAUCCGAAUUCUGGGUAGAUCUAAACAAGCCCCUCCUCAAUACACAUUCAUAGGGGAACUGAACAACAUGGGCAUUUGGUACCGGAUGGGCAGAGUUCCACGAAACCAUGAAUCGUCACAACCCACGACUCCUUCUUCCCAAGUACCGUCUUCAACACCAGCUCCUAACUUGCCUAGGCAUAUAUCUCUAACGCUUCCUGCCAGCUUUCGAGGCAAAAGUCACAGCACUCGCCUGGACUUGGAACACCAGCACUCAAAUUUGUAUGCCAUAUCAGCAAUGGAUGGAGUGCCUUUUAUGAUUUCGGAGAAGUUUGCCUGUGCUCCUCAAGGGAUGCAGCCAGUUGACCUCUUGGGCAUCACAAUCAAAACUCUAGCAGAAAUUGAAAAGGAGUACGACUACAGCUUCAGGACGGAGCAGAGCGCCGCUGCCCGGCUGCCGCCCAGCCCCACCAGGUGCCAGCAGCUCCCGCAGUCGUGAGCCCGGCAGCCGACGGCGGAGCGGCGUGUGCAUGCAUACUACUGAGCGGGGCGCGAGGCCGGCACGCAGUGCGCCUGGAGCCCGUCGCCGCCCUCCCUGCGCUGCACCACCCCGCUCCGGACCUGCCGUUCCACCCAUUCGGACUCCGUAACCCUUUGCCAGCUGUCCUCAUCCUCUUACACCGCUGGGGCCACUUCUCCACGUGAGUACGUUCAUUAGAACCCAACUGGCAGCUUCUACGUUGGCCCCUUCUCCCACAACCCCUGCUGCAGAGCAGCCACAGGAACACGAAGCUGUAGCAAAAUGCUGCGAACAACAAGCUGUGAGCUUGCAGAUGAUCAAGAAAUACCCAGCAGUGCUUCCUACUGCUACUGGAAAGAUAUGGCCAGUUGUGCACAAAUCCCCAGGCAUCCCGUCUGAGCUGACGUGGAGCUGGCUGGUCUGUUCCUGUUCCUCGCUGCGGGAUCGGAGCGGCAGAGCUCCAGACGCACAGAGGCCUUUGCAGCUCUUCGGCUAGCAGAUCAAGCACUGAGCUGUGCUGAGCCCACCAUUUGCCUCCACAACGACUCCUGUGCGGCCAGGAUGAACCAGACACUUCAACCAUUUAUUUUUGCUGUAGGCUCAUGGAGCCAGGAUCAUUUCUGGGAUCUGCUUUGGGCCCUCUCUCAGAUCACUGGUAAGGUGGAGGAGAUCACAAAGAUCACAAGCUGUGCUUUGGUUUCCGAGGAGAAGCACCUCUGUUUUGCACAAAGCGUUGGCGUGUCUUAUCUGGGAGGGGUGGCAAAUGCUCUAUGUCCAUCUGGGUUCGAUAUGGACAGCAAGCCAGCCAGACCCGGUAACAGCCCCUUGGCUCCUCACCACACCUGUGCACGAAGCCAGGCACCGCUGAUGAAGUGAAUGCUAUCCCCUGCCAGUUACUUUGGGCUGUUUUCUAAUAUUUGCCCCACCAGCUGCUAAAAUGAAAGAGAUGUGCCUGUUCCAUUUUGCUCUCACGGAGGGAAGUGCUGAACUCUGACGUAGUGCAGGACGAGAGUGGUUUAUUUCCACCGGUCAAGAGUGUGAUGCAUUAAACCCUGACCUCAGCCUUCUUAUGACUGGUGACCUUAGCUCGCUCCUGAGUCAAAUGCAUGUCUUAGUGAAGUCUGUUGCUGUAAUAAGUUAUUUAGAAAUGUCCAUCUGAUCUCUGUGCUGCUUUUUCAAGCCUCUGCUGUAGAACAAAGAUACAUCAUGGCAGCAAAAUGGCAAUUUUUAAGUAAGUGUUAAAAUGUGCAACUUUUUAUAUUGUAAAAUACUGAUUACCUAACCCUAUUGAAAUGCAAUUGCCAUAGUAACAAAUAACAGUAUUGCAGCUCUCAGUCUGGGUUGUAUGUAUACCCUGACCUGCUUUGCACUGCUUUUGAUUGAUCUUACAUUUUCUAGUAGGACAGAAUGGUGACUAACAGUAGAUUUUGUACUGUCAGCUUGUAUUUUUUAUUUGUACAUAUGUAAAGUAUUUCUUGUCCAAAGAUUCAUUUCUGGUUUUAAGGCACCGUACCAUAUUGCUGGGAUAAUGAACAGAAAAUAUCAUAAUAUUCAGGACAGACUGAUUCCAAUUGUCCACUUCAGCUUCUCCCAGUCAGGUAACCAUUUUCUAAAACUGCCUCCAUAAAGCAAGGCCAUGUGAUUUGAAAGCAUAGGUAGAUUUGUUUGCAAGUGUGUCGUAUUUGGGCAAAAGAACUGUUUGCAUCAGCUCUGGAGGUUUGAGUGACCCUCUGGAAGUGCUCAUUUACUUGAAGGUUGCAACACCAUUUCUAGUUCUUAUUUAUCCUACAGGCAAGCAAAGCCAGACCUUACUGCCAAGUUGCACAAAGGCUAGAUUGAUGAUGCAGACGUCGACAAAUGAACAUACCAUGGCAGCCUGGUCAUUCGGCUCAGGUUCACUUGAAGUUCAAAUACACUCUAUGCUGUAGUAGUAUGCCCAUCUCAUCCAUCUUUUGUCUUUCUUUUCUUGUGUUCGUGAUUUGUUUUGUAGUUUUCUGUGGCAUCUGUUCAUAGCUUCUCCAGUAGUUUAGUGGGCAUGACAGGUAGGCAGAAGCUGUCUACUACAACAUUGCGUUCUUCAUAGUUUCAGGCUGACGGAGUUGCAGAGAGCUGCCCUUCCCUGUUGCUGGAGAAGUGAGAGCGGCUGGUCUGGUGCAGAGGCCACCAGCGCACAGUCUGCAGUGUCCAGCAUCAGUUGCUACUGUGAGGAGAUAGUGAAAUUACUGCAUGGAGCUACUUCCUUGAGCAGCAUCUUCUCAUGCUGGAGGGCAGGAUUGACUACUUCAGUGUACAGCGGUUGAAGUUUAGUAGGGUGAGCUAUAAAAACCUGCAAGUAAAACGUUGGAAAAGUGGGUAUAUAGCUUUCAUUUCCUUUCUGUGAGAUUUAGCUUAAAGAACAUCAAUAGAUAAAAUUGAUGCUUUAAUACAUACAGCAACAAUGAUGUUUUCUCAGCCUUCUUAGAGAUAAUAAAUUCAGCUUUCCCUUCAGUGAUUUGCAAGAAAUACUGGAUGGCUCCAAAUGCUGACAGAAUAUGCAACUGGGACAAACACCUAAGAAAUCUUUGGGAUAUAUUUGCAUAGUUGUUUUUCACUCUUCCCUCCCUUCCACUGGCCUAGCAAAACUGCUUCAGGGGUGCAUCUGCGGAGAAACUUGGAAGAUAAAUUUGAUUUUGGCAGUGAGCUUCUGUACCAUGGCACUGCAAAGAUGCCCUUUACUGCAAGCAUGAGUAGUACAACUGCAGAUCUCUUGGUAUAAUCACAACAGAGGGAUUUUCAGCUAACAGCUAGAGCUGCUGAAAGCCCGUUGUGCUCUCUCAGGCUGGCAAAGCCAACAGCUUAAACCUGUGUGGGCAUUUCAGAAGAUGAUAGGGCUCAGAGCCAGCACUUAGAAGCACAGCAAGACACGCAGCACGUCUCUGUUACAGGCGUGUUGACUAUAUAUGUCUUCUUUUCAGUCCACUAAUUAUAGGGAGCUUUUUCAUUGCAAUUCUGAAUUCCCAAGACCUGUGGGCAUUUGGUCAGCAUUUCAGCAGGCAGGUUUCAUGUGCUAUUCCAUAAUUUUUUUAAUUGGAGCAAAUCUUUGCAAGGCUGGUCCUUGCAUACUCGCAGCUAGUCCUCCCUGUUGAUGUGUGCUGGAGCCAGCACCAGUGUUCCUCUGCAUCUUACUCCCUCCCUGCCCAAAGGCAAAUGUGUUAGCAUUGGCCCAGGCAAUAAACAUUCAGGGAACCUGAUAUGGCUGUUGUCUGGCAGUGAAGAAGCCUUCUGGAGUGUAAGGGGAGGGAAUGAGUCAAUGGAAAGCAGUAGAAGUGGUUUUGCAGAGCUUUAACAGAUGUGCUUGGCUACCUUGCUUCUGAUCCUAGAAUAAAACUAGACACUGUAGCUUAAUCUUGUGGUUGGUGGAGAAAUCAGUUUGCCAAAUUAUCUAUCAGAUUCCUAUCUGUGCAACUGAGAAAAAAAAGCAGCAGUGAGGGGAUUGUUUACUGUAAAAUAGACUUCUGAUGUGAAUCAGUAGUGAUGUGCUGUCUCCUAGGUUUCUCACAGCAAAGAGCAGGUAACACACUGAGAUGACUCCUGGGCCAUCCAGACCAGCCUGCAAUGUCGAAGGUGUUAAUAAUGGAAAGGCAAGAAAUUAGUCCAGAAAGUAAUGUAGAGUGUGAACUUUGUGAUAAAAUUCAAGUGUGGACUUACUUAGCAGAUGUCUUCCUGGUGGGAGCAUCCCGUAGAUGUAGUUGUGUAGGAAUACACUUUGUGAGCGCUGUUUGCUUUGCUGCAGAGUGGGGCUCCCGCGUGGCCGUCCAGCGCGCGGAGAUUGAUGGCGAUCUGCGACGUCGGGUCCGUUCGGCUCCACGCACGCACCCUCGCCCCCAGCACUUCCCCAAACUCGUAAAACCCCUCCUGAGGACCAGAAAAGCUGCGGAGAGCCCUGAGCUGGGUGCAGCACCCCACGAGCCCGACGCGGGCGGUGAGAGCGGCUCCCCCCGGCGCGGGGCAGGGACGCGGCGCCUCCCGGGCUGCCGCUCCCCAUCCCUGCCCGGCAGCGACCGCUGCGCUGGCUGUCGCGCCGGCGCGUCCCGCAGCGUGCCGGGGCUCGGCAGCAGCGGCGGCGUACGCCAGGUCCGGCCUCCUCCCAUCCCCGCUUCACGGGCGAGAGCAAAACCAGCCACCCCGCAGGCAUGUCUGCUCCUAAAGCUCCUAAGCCCUGGUGACGUGCUGGAGUGGGCUGGCUGGGAUUUCUCCUCUCCCUUUUUCCCAGCCGGGGUGGUGCGCACAGCUGCACGAGAUGGUGCCCGUGACACGCAGCUUGCCAGAAUUUUUGGGAAAGCAAGGAAUAUAAAUCCCGUUGUGCUCGCCUCGGAGCAAGGGGCGUUUUACUGGUGCAAGGGGCCACUGGGCUCCACGGCGGCAGUGCGUCCCUGCGAGCAGCACCCGCGGAGCAGCAGCACCCGGCCGGGCCCCGCAGCGCCCGCGGGACGGGAUGGGACGGGGCGCCGCGUCGCGUCGGUCGUGCCCAGGCGAUUCCUGCUUGUCCUCGAGGGCACGUGUGCAUCGCCGUGCUUGAACCUUACCUCAGCCCUUGAGCCUUGCCAGACAGACGGCACCGCCGGCGUGGCAGGGCGACCCCGCAGCGCCGGGUUUGGCUGCUCGGGGCCGUUCGGGUCUGGCAGUGCUACAGCAAGGGGCGACCCUCAGCCCGUCACGUGCUCAGUAAGGUGCUGCUCAGCUCACUCAGUACAGGGAAACCAAACCAUUUGGAUAUUCUGGUCAUUUAUUGUGAAUUUUUUCCUAACAACAGCAAUUUUAGAUGUCGUCAUAUCAAUGGAAGAGAGAAACUUUUUAUGCAGUUGCAAAGUGUUUUUAAGAUGCUAUGCAUUUUGUUGGGUUGUUGAAAGUGAAUUUACUGUGCAUUAAUCUUAUGAAUGUUAUUACCUUUUAUAUUUAUUUUAGAUGACCCUCCUGUAUUUUACAAAGGGAAGUUUCAUUGUGUGAUAACUUAGUCUGUAUUCUUAAUAUAAUUUGUUAAAUAAAGUUUGUUUUAAUCAGUU